AUGGAUCCUUCUGGCGCACCCUCGGGCCCUGGGCCCAACGACACUUCCACCGCCAUCCUCCGGCCUAAGAAAUCCCCCAACCGUCUCAUCGUCGACGAGGCGACUUCCGAUGACAACUCUGUGGCGACCCUCAACCCCGCGACCAUGGAGACUCUCCAGCUCUUCCGCGGAGACACAAUCAUCGUCCGUGGCAAGAAGCGGCACGAUACAGUCCUGAUCUGCCUGAGCUCGGACGACGUCGAGGAGGGCAAGAUUCAGAUGAACAAGGUGGCCCGCAACAACCUUCGCGUCAAGCUCGGCGACAUGGUCAACGUGCACCCGUGCCUGGACAUCAAGUACGGCAAGCGCAUCCACGUUCUCCCCUUCGAUGACUCGGUCGAGGGCCUCAGUGGUAACAUCUUCGAUGUCUACCUCAAGCCUUACUUCCUCGAGGCCUACCGGCCUGUGCGCAAGGGCGACACCUUCCUCGUCCGCGGUGGUAUGAGGACAGUGGAGUUCAAGGUCAUUGAGACCGACCCGGCAGAGUACUGUAUCGUCGCGCAGGACACAGUCAUCCAUACAGAGGGCGACCCUGUCAAGCGAGAGGACGAAGAGUCAAACCUCAACGAGGUCGGCUACGACGACAUUGGUGGCUGCAGGAAGCAGAUGGCCCAGAUCCGUGAGCUCGUCGAGCUUCCUCUCCGCCAUCCCCAGCUCUUCAAGUCUAUCGGUAUCAAGCCCCCGCGUGGUAUUCUCAUGUAUGGCCCUCCUGGCACGGGUAAGACACUCAUGGCACGUGCGGUCGCAAAUGAGACCGGAGCAUUUUUCUUCCUCAUCAACGGUCCCGAAAUCAUGUCCAAGAUGGCCGGAGAAUCCGAGAGCAACUUGCGCAAGGCGUUCGAGGAGGCGGAGAAGAACUCGCCGUCAAUCAUCUUCAUUGAUGAAAUCGACUCCAUUGCACCGAAGCGUGAAAAGACGAACGGCGAGGUCGAACGCCGUGUCGUCUCCCAGCUUCUCACUCUCAUGGAUGGCCUCAAGGCUCGCUCGAACGUCGUCGUUAUGGCUGCGACGAACCGUCCCAACUCUAUCGACCCUGCCCUUCGUCGCUUCGGUCGCUUCGACCGUGAAGUCGACAUUGGCAUCCCCGACCCGACUGGCCGUCUCGAAAUUCUCCGUAUACACACGAAGAACAUGAAACUCGCCGACGACGUUGACCUUGAGCAGAUUGCCGCCGACACUCACGGCUACGUCGGUUCUGAUCUCGCUGCGCUUUGCUCCGAGGCCGCGAUGCAGCAGAUCCGUGAGAAGAUGGACCUCAUCGACCUCGACGAGGACACCAUUGACGCGGAGGUCCUCGACUCGCUCGGCGUUACGAUGGAGAACUUCCGCUUCGCUCUUGGCACGUCGAACCCUUCGGCCCUUCGUGAAACCGUCGUCGAGGUUCCCACUGUCAAGUGGGAGGACAUUGGUGGUCUCGUCAAGGUCAAGCAAGAGCUCCAGGAGACCGUGCAGUACCCCGUCGAGCACCCCGAAAAGUUCAUCAAGUACGGCAUGUCACCAUCGAAGGGUGUCCUCUUCUACGGUCCUCCGGGUACCGGUAAGACGCUCCUCGCGAAGGCCAUCGCCAACGAGACCCAGGCCAACUUCAUCUCCAUCAAGGGUCCCGAACUGCUCACUAUGUGGUUUGGUGAGUCGGAGGCGAACGUCCGUGACGUGUUCGACAAGGCCCGUGCGGCCGCGCCGUGUGUCAUGUUCUUCGACGAGUUGGACUCGAUCGCGAAGGCCCGUGGUGGCUCCUCGGGCGACGCUGGCGGUGCAGGCGACCGUGUGCUGAACCAAAUCCUCACGGAGAUGGACGGCAUGAACGUCAAGAAGAACGUUUUCAUCAUUGGCGCGACGAACAGGCCCGACCAGAUCGACCCUGCUCUUCUCCGUCCCGGUCGUCUCGACCAGCUCAUCUACAUUCCCCUCCCCGACGAGACCUCGCGUCUCGACAUCCUCAAAGCCGCGCUCCGCAAGUCGCCCGUCGCGCCCGACGUCGACCUCAGCUUCCUCUCCAAGCACACGCACGGUUUCUCUGGUGCCGACCUCACGGAGAUCUGCCAACGUGCAGCGAAGCUCGCGAUUCGUGAGUCAAUCGAGGCGGACAUCCGGAAGGCGCGGGAACAGAAGCAGAAGGAGGACGCGGGCGACGUAAAGAUGGAGGAAGAGGAAGAGGAAGAGGACCCUGUCCCCGUCAUCACGAGGGACCAUUUCGAGGAGGCGAUGAAGUUUGCUCGUCGCUCAGUCUCAGACGCGGACAUCCGGCGGUACGAGAUGUUCUCCCAGAACCUGCAGCAGUCGCGCUCGUUCGGGAACAACUUCAAGUUCCCCGAGGGCACUGCAGCGCCUGCUGCGGCCAACGCGCCCGCGGCGAGCAACGCAGGGUUCGGUGAGGACACGAACGACGACGACCUGUACGCAUGA